GUUACUGUAUGGAUGAUCGUGGGGUGGCAGUGACUGUCAUUGCGCUUCGACGACUCAAUAUACCAAUUCAUGCGCAUACUCUCCCUGCCCUCUGAAUUAUGACGUUGGCUCAAUUUGACCGUCAUUCGUGACUCCUUCUUGGAAGAAUCAAACAUCUCUCCUCUGUGCAAAAUUGUUGCUACCAAACAUGGCAGAUGUAGACAUUGCCCCCAACUUUGGGCUUGAGCUCAAGGUACGUCUCUGAUUAGCUUCCGCUUGCGCCGGGAUUUAACUCACCUCUGCAUUUCAGGAUGGAUUUAAACCAGUCAAUGCUUGGGUCUCGAACGGAAUAACUUGGUUGGAUGACAUUCAACAGUUUUACCGAGAACGAAGUGUCAUUGAGAAGGAAUACAGCGCGAAGCUCAGUGCCUUGGCUAAGAAGUACUAUGAAAGGAAGGCCAAGAAGUCGAGCCACUUGAGCGUUGGAGAUACGCCUGUUAUGACACCUGGAUCGCUGGAGAGGUAUGCUAUGACUUUUGCUGGGGAAAGUCUUCGGCUGACUGGAGGAACGCAGUGCUUCGUUGACAACAUGGACGACCCAACUAACGACUCUAGAGUCGCGAGCGGCUGAACACGACCGUUAUGGUGGAGAGUUAAUCACACAACUGGCAGAUCCAUUAAAGGUCAUUGCCAGUCGAUAUGAAGAAUUGCGAAAACGUCAUGCCGAAUUCGCUGAUAAAUUAGAAAAGGAGCGAGAUUCAACCUUUGGAGACCUGCGGAAAAUGAAGGGCAAAUAUGAUUCGGCUUGCCAGGAAGUUGAGAAUAAACGGAAAAAGACUGAAUCAGCAUUCGACUAUGGAAAAGCGAAAGCCCAGAAUGCAUACCAGCAACAAAUACUCGAGAUGCAUAACGUCAAAAACAGUUAUCUUAUUGCCAUUAAUGUUACGAAUAAGCAGAAGGAGAAAUAUUACUAUGAGUAUGUUCCGGAUCUUGUCGACAGCAUGCAGGACCUCUCUGAAUCGCGAAUAUCGAGAUUGAAUGGAAUUUGGUCAUUAGCAGCACAGAUUGAAACUGGUAUGUUGAAUCGUAGUAUGGAUUUUGUCGAUCAUUUGGCGAAAGAGAUUCCACGAAACCAGCCCCAUCUCGAUUCCAUGAUGUUUGUGAGGCACAACGUAGCUUCUUGGCAAGAACCACCAAACAAGGCAUUUGAACCAAGUCCUAUAUGGCAUGACGACGACCUUAUGGUGGUGGACGAUACGGCCAAGGUUUUCUUAAGGAAUGUAUUGAGCAAGUCCAAAGCGCAGCUGGGUGAUUUAAGGAGGGAAGUCGACAAGAAACGAAGAGAAGUGGAAGGCACAAAAAGAGUGAAGCAACAAAUCCGAGAAGGCAGAGACAAGAGAGAUGAGGUUGAAGUGGUCAAGGCCAUUUUUGCACUCCAGGAAGAAUUACAUCAGGUCGAUCAUAAAAGAUUAACAGCAGAGGUUGAAACCGACACUAUUACAGCUGCAGUUGGGGAUGUGACCCUAGGAGCGAAGAGUCACAACUUCAAAUCUCAGACUUUCAAAAUUCCAACAAAUUGUGAUCUGUGCGGAGAACGAAUAUGGGGGUUAUCAGCCAAAGGAUUCGAUUGUCGAGACUGCGGUUAUACAUGCCACAGCAAAUGUGAGAUGAAGGUUCCUGCCGAAUGCCCUGGUGAGCAAAGCAAGGAAGAAAAGAAGAAACUGAAAGCAGAAAGACAAGAAGCAGCCAACGCAUUAAAGAGUCCCGGAAUCCCUGUACAUCCUCCUGACAGUGUUUCUGACCUACCUUCAAUGACUCGAAGUAAUACCAUGAACUCAUUGAGUUCUGGCUAUGCAGCCAGUGCCCAUCGAUCGGUUUCUGGUAAUGGACCAAAGUCACCCGUUGAAGAGACACAACCGGAAAGGCCAACAUCUCUAAAGCCAAUUAGUGCACCGAAUACUUUACGAAAGAAUCGAGUUAUUGCGCCACCUCCUGCGGCCUACAUUAGCGAGCUUCCUGGAAGUGUUCCUGCUCCUUCGAAUGGUUCCGGAGUGUCUCUUUCUAAUGAACAGAAAGGGAAAAUGCUCUACGCGUACGAUGCUAGCGGUGAUGGCGAGAUCACUGUUGCGGAAGGAAAAGAAGUAACAAUCCUGGAACCGGAUGGCAAGUUGUCCCAUAUUCCUCUGCCGUGCAACUUCCGCUAACAAUAAUUCAGAUGGUGGUUGGACAAAAGUCAAAGCCAGCUGGAAAGAAGGGAUUGUACCAACGGCAUACAUUGAGAUCUUUCCGGCAGCACCUCGACCUUCAUCCGUAUAUUCCAAUUCGGGAUCCUCCAUGGCAGGUAGCAUGCAGGGCAAGAAACAAGGUCCAGCAGUUGCACCCAGACGCGGUGCAAAGAAACUGAAAUACGUUGAGGCGUUGUAUGAAUACACGGCGCAAAGUGAUGCUGAGCAUAGCAUGGUGGAAGGCGAGAGAUUCGUGCUUAUCAAGGAAGAUCCUGGAGAUGGGUGGGCGGAGGUUGAAAAGGGAGGUGCUACGAAGAGUGUCCCUGCCAAUUAUGUACAGGCUGUAUAGUGAAUGAGUGGACGAGUGAGCGAGCGAGUCUGGAGUAGGUGGAGCGUUGCAAUAUGUGGUGGGAUAUGGUUUUUGGCUGCACUGGCACAUCUGAGUUGUUCGGCGAUACGGGAAAGCGGAAAUGCAUUGGCACAAUGGCGUUGGUGGACUUUUUCCCUUUCCCUUAUUUUGGAAGGCCGGAAGUUUUUGGAGGGAGCGCUCACACUCACAGCCUUGCGUUUGUUACCUAUUUAGUUUAGCAUCGCAUGGUUACGUUUGAUAGUAGAUACUAUUAGCUGGACAGGUAUUAUCAAUCCACAAUUGAUAGUACGGAUGGUUCAAAUGGAAGUGCAAAAGCAUGCUGUGAGUGAGCUUAUUUUCACAGGAUUUUCUAAUUUCAUUGUAUUUCCUUACGGUGGGAGGAGAGGGGGUUUAUUACUGUCAGCGAAAUUGCUCUAGCAUUAAUGUAUGGUAGGUACAUUUUCAACGCACUUCCAUAAGUAGGUAGGUAGAGGGGAACGUCAAGGCUGUCGAAAAUGGAUACUCAUACUUCAGAUCUCAGCUCCCCACACCAUUGAUUGAAGCUAUGGAGUAUUAUCAGGAGGAUGCCCGAUC